CACCCGGGCGAGGGCGAGGCCAUGAGGGGCAGGGGCAAGGGGGCCGUUUGCUGAAAAUUUGAAUCAAAUUUGUAAAAUCGAAAAAAUCGUUCGUAAAAGCUCAAAAACAUGUGAAUUUUUUAUAAAAAUUGGCCAAAGUUUUAAGUACUAAUGCGGUAGCGACACACUCUCCCACCUCUCCCGCAUGCCCCGGGGCCGCCGCCGUGAUCGCGACCGCGUCUCCUACACCGCCCUCAUCACCGCCAUCUCCCCCGCCGAUCGCCCCGAUGAAUCCCUCCGCCUGCUCCGCUCCAUGGCCCGCGACGGCGUCCCCUUCGCCGCGGUCGCCCUCGCCGCCGUCCUCUCCGCCUUCGCCCGCCACCGAUCCGCCCCCGGAGCGGCCGCCACCGCCGCCGUCGCCACGAUGGUCCACGCGGCGGCUGCGAGGUCCGGGCUCGGCGCCUCGGUCGUCGUCGGCACCAGUUUGGUCCACUCCUACUGCGCCUCCUCCCGCCUCGCGGACGCGCGCAAGGUGUUCGACGAAAUGGGCCGCACGCGGAACACCGUCACGUGGAACGCCCUCCUGAACGGCUACGCCAAGGCCGGCCUGACCGACCGCGCGGCCGAGCUGUUCGCCGCCAUCCCGGAGCCCGACCUGGUAUCCUGGUCGACGAUGGUUGACGGGUGCUUGCGCGCCGGCCGGCUGUCGGCGGCGCUCUCGACGUACAACGCCAUGCUGCGGAGCCCCGCCGGCGCGCGGCCGAACGAGGUGCUGCUCGUCGACCUGCUGUCCGCCUGCGCGCGGCGCUCGGCCGUCGAGGAGGGCCGGCAGCUCCACGCGGCCAUCGCCAAGGCCGGGCUGGACCGCCACGCGUUCGUGCAGUCGACGCUGAUCCACUUCUACGGGGCCUGCGGUUUUUUAAACUCGGCGCGCCUGCAAUUCGUGUCGGGUAGCAAGGAUCACGUCUCGUCGUGGAACGCCCUGAUGGCGGGGCUCGUCCGGAGCGGCAAUGCCGACGAGGCGCUGCGGUUGUUCGACGCAAUGCCCGAGAGAGACGUCGUCUCUUGGAGCACCGUCAUUGCCGGGCACGCGCAAUGCGGCCGCUCCGGCCUCGCGCUGGAGCUCUUUCGGCGGAUGCGUGCCGCCGGGGUCGAGCCUAACGAGAUCACGCUGACGAGCGCACUCUCCGCCGUCGCUGGUUCCGGGACGUUGGAGCAAGGGAAGUGGAUCCAUGACUACGUCGUCGCCAACUCCGUCCCUCUCACUGAUAACUUGAUCGCGGGGCUCAUCGAUAUGUACGCAAAGCGCGGGAGCAUCGCGAGCGCAAUGCAAGUGUUCGAUCAUGCGAGGCGCUCCUCGUCUUCAAUUUCGCCGUGGAACGCGAUCAUAUGCGGGCUGGCCAUCCACGGGCAUGCGGAGACGUCUCUGAGCUUAUUCUCGCAGCUGCGGAGGACCGACAUCAGGCCGAAUUCGAUCACAUUCAUCGGAGUGCUGAACGCGUGUUGCCAUGCCGGGUUGGUGGGCGCAGGAAGAAGCUAUUUUGAGUCGAUGAAGAGGGAGUACGGGAUAGAGCCGACGAUCAAGCACUACGGUUGCAUGGUCGACCUGCUAGGUCGGGCCGGGUGCCUCGAAGAGGCGGAGAGGCUGAUCGAGGCGAUGCCGAUGGAGGCGGACGUGGUGAUCUGGGGGACGAUGUUGGCCGCCGCGAGGACUCACGGCAACGUGGAGAUCGGGGAGAGGGCUGCGGCGAGCUUGGCAAGGCUGGAGCCGAGUCACGGCGCGGCGAGAAUACUCCUAUCGAACAUCUACGCGGAUGCUGGUCGGUGGAGCGACGUCGCGACGGUAAGAAGAGCAAUGCAGGAGGGCGAGUUUGAGAAAAUGCCGGGACGCAGCGGCAUUCUGUGACGACCCACCGUACCCACCUUGCGGCUUGGCUCAACACGGCCUGUCGGAUUUCGUCGCGGAUUCGGAUUGAACAAAGCUCCAGAUGGCUCUGCUCUUUCAGUGUCUGAACCUCUGCAUUUAUGAGACAGUGAUUGAUUCUUUGAUGUUUCUGCAUCAUUUGAAUGAAGAAGCUCCAAAGCAAUGCAAUAAUCCUUGGUUGAGCUUAAGAUGGAAAAUGUGAUCUUAAAAUCACCAGUUUUACCAUCGCGAUUUAGCGAGCGACUGCCCUGUCACAGAUUUUGGACCAAACUGAACCCGGAUGCGGCAUCGCAGCAGACGAGGGCGGAGAAGAAAAGUGCCAGCAUCCGCCAUUAGGAAGUUCAUGUAGGGUUUUGAAACCAGUGGAGAAGAGCUUCAGAACGAGAAAACGGCGAUUAUCGCAACUAAAAUCUCAGAGUAAUCCAACAUUUCAUUCAAAUAAGCAAAUUCUAGUUGUUUAUGAUCAAUAAAACUGUACACCAUCAUACUCCAAAAUGAGCAAAUGACAACAAUGUUUCAGGUUAUUUAAUGUUAACAAGAAUAUACAAAAUGAACACGAAUGUGCAUUUAAGUCCCCCUUCUUUUU